AUGGCAACAGCACGUCAUGUUCAUGCUGCAACCCUGUUCAGUUCAAGCAAAGUUCUUGCCACUGCUGGCUACGGAUAUACAGGUUAUCUGGCUAGUUCUGAAAUAUAUGAUCCAUCAACAGACCAAUGGAACCCUACUGCAAGAAUGGCAAGAGCACGUACUGCUCAUACUGGAACUCUGCUUCAAUCGGGCAAAGUUCUUGUCACUGGUGGUGUAGCAAGUACCGGCUAUAUGGCUAGUUGUGAAAUAUAUGAUCCAUUAAAGGGCCAAUGGAACACUGCUGCAAGCAUGGCAAUACCACGUAUUUCUCAUACUGCAACCCUGCUCAAUUCGGGCCAAGUUCUUGUUACUGGUGGUAUCACAUUUGGGGCACCUGCUCUGAAUAAUUCUGAAAUAUAUGAUCCAUCAACGGACAAAUGGAACCCUACUUCAAGUAUGGCAACAGCACGUACUUCUCAUACUGCAACCCUGCUCAAAUCGGGCAAAGUACUUGUUGCUGGUGGUGCGGCUAGUUCUGAAGUAUAUGAUCCAUCAACGGGCCAGUGGAAUCCUCCUACAAGUAUGGCAACACCGCGUUAUUAUCAUGCUGCAGCCCUGCUCAGAUCGGGCAAAGUUCUUGUCACUGGUGGUGACGUCGGGUCAGCUAACUAUCUGGCUAGUUCUGAAUUAUAUGAUCCAUCAACAGGUCAAUGGGACACUAUCAGAAACAUGGCAACAGCACGUAAACUUCAUACUGCAAUUUUGCUCCGUUCGGGCAAAGUUCUUGUCACUGGUGGCGUAGGAUCUUCCGAUUUUUUGGCUAGCUGUGAAAUAUAUGAUCCAUCAACAGGCCAAUGGAGCAAUAUUACUAGCAUGACAGCAGGACGUGCUGCUCAUACUACAACUCUGCUCAAUUCAGGCAAAGUACUUGCCAUUGCUGGCUACGGAGGUACUGGUAUCCUGGAUAGUUCUGAAAUAUAUGAUCCAUCAACAGGCAAAUGGAACCCUGCUGCAAGCCUGUCAACAACACGUACUUAUCAUACUGCAACCCUGCUUAAUUCCGGCAAAGUACUUGUCACUGGUGGCGAAAAGUUGGGCAGUCAUAUGACUAUUAUCCAUCCAAAAAAAGAAUAG